AUGAUGAUGCGUGUAUGGAUCGUCUGCCUACUUGUCAGCCUCGUCUGUGCGGAAACCUGCGAGCCUGAAGGUCCAAAGGAAGAAGGGUGUCCCAUCGUGGGAAACAGCGACUACUAUGGGCUAGGAGUGCGCAUGGGCAUCUACUCAGCAUGGCUCACGUCGUGGUUUGCCAACAAUUUCCUCCCCGAGGAAAUCAUCGGCAGUCUAGAGACCAACUCGAUAUUCCUCCUUGCUCUCUUUGCGACGGUGUUUUUCUAUUCGGUUCAGAAGAACGGCAUCCGGGUGGUUGACGUGCUCGUGAUCCACCAGUUGUGUAUUGGGUUCCUGUUCAGCGUUAUGUCGCUCUGGGGUUACCGGACCAUGUACUAUCGAACAGAAGGACCAGGUGGACGCCGACAUUUCGGUGGCUUCGGCACACAUUUCCGGCUUGUGUUGAUGGGCAUGAUUACCUCGUACGGCGUCUGGUUCUGGGUUGAGGGCGUUGAGGACGGACUCAGCGACUGCGACCGCCGCAGGAAUUGUGGCGGGCUGCAAACAUUUUUCAUCGUGCCCAUGAGAGUGGACAGCUGGAGCACGAGAGGUGUCCAGUUGACCAUCAACAUCGCCGCCGCCGCCUACUACGGUAUUAUGACGCUGGCGGCCAUCGCAGGCGGAAUCGCAUUCCUUGUCCGCUUCAUCCAGGGUAAAGAUGCCCACUGGGAACUGAUCAAGGAGCAGGACUCGACCAUCAACCUGACCAAACGCGAACUCACCAAAUGGUAUAUCGCGCUAUCCUGCUUCAACCUCUUCUGGAUUGUGUUUGCCAUCCUCAGCAUCGAGUUCACGCUCAACUUGAACCACAUGAACAACGUCGUUGGCUCAAUGGGCCUCGUUGGUCCCGGCCAAUUGAUUCCUCUAGCCAUCGGCCUGCUCAGCCUUACACGAGUACUGUGGAUACUUGGGCGCCAGCACAUUCCCUGGCUCAAGGAAAAGGACGAGGACUGCUGCCCGACCGUAACUGAGUCCACGGGCCCGGCUGCCCAAGAGAAAUAUAUGAGUGGCAUCGGACUCACCAUGACGAACACUCCAAGCCUCUACUCGCCCCUGUCGCCCAAUACGAAGAUGUCAUCCUCAUCCCCGGGCCAGGCGUCGUCAACAACCAUGGUGUCGAGCUCAAAUCUGCCACCGCUACCUGCGACUACCAGUCCUCAGAAGCGUUCGCUUCCCCACCGCAUGCUACUUGCCUGGCUACCUUGGCUCGGACUGUUUGAAUGGUCGAAACAUUCGCUCACUCCCUCCCUCGGCCACUAUUCGAGGUUCGGAGUGCAUCAUGGUCAGAUUCAUGAUCAUGGUCAGAGUCAGAGUCACAGUCAUGGUCAUGAUCACAGACGGGACUCUGACUCCGAAGCCGGCAUUGAAGGCGCAAGGAAGACUCAAACUCCAGAUUCCGCGAUAGAAUUCGAACGCAUGCAACAACCCCAAGGCCAAGGUUUCAAGGCACGCUUCGAAAGUAUCCGGAGCCCAAGUUUCAAGGCACGCUUCGACAGCAUCCGCAGCCCAGGUCGGCGAGACAACCCGUCCGCGUCCGCGUCCGCGUAUGCCUCCAUGGAGAGUCCAUCGACCAGUCUCCUAAGCUCACCGCCACAACUGCCACCAGGCCAGAAGGGGCUGAUGUAUCCACAGACGUCUAGCCCUAUCGAGCUGCAACCCCACCGACGCUCAGGAUCGAGCGAUACCACCCUACGCCCGGGGCUGUACGACGGAAGGGACUACGAGGAUGAGGGUGAGGGUGACGAUUACGACUAG